AUGAUUCUGUUUUCCAGAAUGAUUGAAGACUGUGGGAAAAGAGGAAAUACCAUGGCAGAAAGAAGGCAGCUGUUUGCAGAAAUGCGGGCUCAAGAUCUGGAUCGCAUCCGUUUGUCCACCUACAGAACAGCCUGCAAGCUCAGAUUUGUUCAGAAGAAGUGCAACCUGCACCUGGUGGACAUCUGGAACGUGAUAGAAGCCUUGCGGGAGAACGCACUGAACAACCUGGAUCCCAGCAUCGAGCUGAACGUGGCUCGCCUGGAAGCUGUGAUUUCAACUAUCUUCUACCAGCUCAACAAACGGAUGCCAACCACCCACCAGAUCAACGUGGAGCAAUCCAUCAGCUUGCUGCUCAACUUCUUGCUAGCAGCCUUUGAUCCGGAAGGACACGGUAAAAUUUCUGUUUUUGCUGUCAAAAUGGCCUUGGCAACUCUUUGUGGAGGAAAGAUCAUGGACAAAUUAAGAUAUAUUUUCUCCAUGAUCUCUGACUCCAGUGGAGUGAUGGUUUAUGGCAGGUACGACAUGUUUCUGCGGGAGGUUCUGAAGCUGCCCACAGCUGUGUUUGAAGGGCCUUCGUUCGGUUACACUGAGCAGUCAGCAAAAUCCUGUUUCUCGCAACAGAAGAAAGUCACAUUGAACACGUUCUUGGACACCCUCAUGUCUGAUCCCCCGCCACAGUGUCUAGUGUGGUUACCACUGCUGCAUAGACUGGCAAAUGUUGAAAAUGUCUUCCACCCCGUCGAGUGUUCCUACUGCCACAGCGAGAGCAUGAUGGGCUUUCGCUACCGCUGCCAGCAGUGUCACAAUUACCAGCUCUGUCAGGACUGCUUCUGGAGGGGCCAUGCCAGCGGUUCCCACAGCAACCAGCACCAAAUGAAAGAGUACACGUCAUGGAAAUCACCUGCUAAGAAGCUAACUAAUGCACUUAGCAAGUCUUUAAGCUGUGCUUCCAGCCGUGAACCUUUGCACCCAAUGUUCCCUGACCAGCCUGAAAAACCUCUAAACCUGGCUCAUAUUGUGCCCCCUCGACCUGUAACCAGCAUGAAUGACACACUCUUCUCCCACUCUGUUCCCUCAGGAAGUCCUUUUGCAAACAGAAGGUUACUUGGGGGUGUAAGUGCAGCCAGUCCUGUGGCUGAUGAGCAUUCUCUUAUAAAGCUGUAUGUAAAUCAGCUUCACAACAACUCACGCUCUCCUUCCAAGAAUACUGAAGUAGAGCAGAGCAAACUUCUGGCUAGGGCUGCUCCAGCUUUCUUGAAGGGCAAAGGGUUACAGUACAGCCUCGAUGUAGCAGACAGGCUGGCUGAUGAACAUGUUCUCAUCGGGUUGUAUGUCAACAUGCUGCAGAGCAGCCCCGCACGUGUGCUCGACAGCGCAAGCCGCCUGGAUGAAGAGCAUAAGCUGAUCGCCAGGUACGCAGCAAGGCUGGCAGCAGAAACUUCUUCAUCACAGCAGCAGGGUCAGCAGAGAGGGGCAUCAGAUAUCUCCUUCACCAUUGAUGCAAACAAACAGCAAAGGCAGCUGAUUGCAGAGCUUGAAAAUAAAAACAGAGAAAUCCUCCAGGAGAUCCAGAGGCUGCGGCUUGAACACGAGCAAGCAUCUCAGCCCACACCAGAGAAGGCACAACAAAAUCCCACUCUCCUUGCAGAGCUCAGGCUCCUGAGACAGCGGAAGGAUGAGCUGGAACAGAGGAUGUCUGCUCUCCAGGAAAGCCGGAGGGAGCUUAUGGUUCAGUUAGAAGGCCUCAUGAAACUGCUGAAGACCCAAGGAGCAGGCUCUCCACGUUCCUCGCCCAGCCACACGAUCAGUCGACCGAUUCCAAUGCCUAUCAGGUCUGCCUCUGCCUGCUCCACCCCAACCCACGCACCUCAGGACUCUCUGACCGGGGUGGGAGGAGAUGUGCAGGAAGCCUUUGCACAAAGUGCAAGGAGAAACUUAAGAAAUGAUUUGCUGGUGGCAGCAGAUUCAAUCACCAACACCAUGUCCUCUUUGGUAAAGGAGCUAAAUUCUGAAGUGGGCAGCGAGACAGAAAGCAAUGUGGAUUCUGAAUUCGGGAGGACUCAUUUUGAUGACCUGGUUCCAUCCCCCACGUCUGAGAAGGCUUUCCUGGCGCAGAUCCACGCGCGGAAGCCAGGAUACCUGCACAGCGCAGCUGCCACUGGCUCCAUCCGCAGUGACAUGGUUACAGAAGAUGGAGACCCCUACGUGAGGGCAGAGGAUGAAAAUUACGAGAACGACUCUGUCCGCCAGCUGGAGAACGAGCUGAAGAUGGAGGAAUACCUGAAGCAGAAGCUGCAGGAUGAGGCAUACCAGGCAAGCUGCAGUCAGACAGACAACGAAAGCUACGUAAGAACUGAUGAUGAGGAGAGCUGCUUUCGGACAGACGACGAAGAAAACUCAGCUGCAGACUUCACAGAAGAGUGGAACCAAGAGGUGCAGCGUCUCUUGACAAAACAAUCCCAUAACUAAGUUCUGAGGACUGUAGCACAGUACUUUUGUUCUAAGAGUUAGAGUUCGUAGGUGUGUGUUUUUGACAACAAGACUUUUGUUUAAAGCUAACUUAUAUUAGCUACAUCUUCUGUAACAUGACUCAUUACCAGUGAGGCAAACAGACUGACCUAGGUGCUGCUGUUACAAGGGAUGGCAGUGUUAAUAACUCACCUAAACCCUUUGCACAUGAUAUUGAACCUGUUCAGUUUACAAUGACAACACUGUUUAUAGAUAGAAAUUUGAUUUCUGACUACUUUGAGCUUUUAGCAGGUCAGUUUACUAAACACUGUACAUUUUUCUUUGUUUGUUUGUUUCCACAGGAGAAGUAAAAAGCUACAAAUAUGCAUUUAACACCGAAUGAUUAUACUCCUGAGUGUAUAUAUCCAGUAGCCCCCCCCCAAAAAAAACACCACAAACCAAACAACAGCAAAGUACCAGACUACAUUUGCAAUUUGUUUGCAAGUUUUUAAAUCAAGGCUCAUAUAAAAUGUAGUAAAAUAAUAACGAUGAUGAUGAUGAUGAUAUAAUUAAUAAUAUGAAUAAUAAUGAAAAGAACCAAACUCUCUGAUUUAGGGCUAAUCUGUAACUUAGGAAUGUUUCUUUCAAAAUAAUCUAACAAAUCAGCCAUAGAAGUUAGUGUAAAUAUUUUCUUUUUCCAAAUAGAUAUCACAUACAAAAGGUGACAUUCAAAUGAUAUAGAAUCUAGUUUUGAAAUCAGCACAGAUCUUCUUAAAACUGUGAACUAUGUUUUGAAAUACUCGUUGCUAAAGCUGUUUAUAAACCACAGGUGCCAUAAGAUCCCUGAACUGACUGAUGUUCUGUAUAAUCCUCCAUGGUAUUGUUUCAUUGAUGUUUUAGCUUUAGUAAGCAUGUGUUCAACAAACCGGCUCUUUCCAUCUCUCUGCCCCUUCUCCUCUCUCGUCCCCGCCCUCCACCUCCUCCAUUAUGUUAUUUUCGAGGCCUUCAGCUUUAAAUGUACAGGCUUAAAGUGCGCUUGCAACUGUUCUCUUUUGGUUUCCGAAUGUGUAUUGCCUUAGCCAGCCACCAGAUGUUCUGCAUGCACUCUUGGAAAUGUGUGGUGAGACUCUUUGGGAGCUGGAUGGAGAUGUAGCUGUCAGAGAGAAGCACAAGACAAGCCGUGGAUGUUUUGGAAGGACAGGCAAGCAGUUACAGAAUUGGAGUUCUGUCCAGUUUGGUAUUUUUGGAGUACAAAGGCAUUUCAGGAGAAAGGGAACUUACCUGGCUGCUUUGGAUUAGGCAGUGAGACUGCUAGCUCGAGAGUUUGCUCUGCUGGGACUACGACCUGCGGAUAGCGCUGAGCAGAGACAAAAACUUGGAAUGUCCUCUCCAGGGCAUAGUGCUUGGAAAUGGGGAGGACACCUACACAGCACUGUUGUGCAGAGAGAAGUGAGAGCCAGGCCAGGAGCAGCGAACCAGGAGCCAGGCACUAUCCCAGGGCUGUGUCACACACUGGCCACACAGCCCUGCUGAGGUGCACAACAUGUUUGCUUAGGACAACCUCUGUGCCAAGGGAGUUUUGCUGCUCUGAUGGAGUCUUGUGGCUUCCAGUGUCUGGCUGACCUGAAGUGACACUGCCUGACAGCCCUGCAAACUGUAGCAUUUCAUACAGAUAUUUCACACCAGCACAGCUGGCCUGCAGCAAGUGAUGAGAUGCUCAUCUGAAGCAGGCUCACACAGUUUGCCUGUCCUCGCUCUCACGGUGACAUGGAUGUGUGCUGCUGUAUUGCCAUGAAGUUGCUCUGUAGCUCGACCUAGUAAGUCCAGUGGUUUGCGUGCACUCUCGAGACUUGUGGCUGUUUCUCUGGGCACUAUGUGUUAGGGAAUGAGUAUCUGUAUGAAAGAGCUGCUGCCAUCUUUCACUUUCAUGUUGUACUAUUGCGUAUGCAGAUCCCUUGUCUGCAUCUCCUCGCAUACCUGGCUUGCUCUCAGGCAUCCAAGCGCUUACUAAGGCAUCUGGAUAUCUUCGUGUAAGCUUUUCCUUUGUGCAAUCACUGGUCUUUGCUCCUGGGGUAUGUGCUGUUCUGCCAAGGCAGGCACCAUAUCCUCCGAUGCCCCCUCCUCCAACCUCCUCUCUCAGGAAUGGGUGAGCCUCCACUAGUGCCUAGCACUCCACAUUUAAAGCUGUUCCAGUGAAGCUGUAGAUGUUGCUGUCAGCUCAGGAUUCCAGGCGAGCAUUUCCUGAACAGAGACAAAACGAGCUAGAACACAGCUACAUCCAAUGGCUGACUAACUCAACCCAUGUCAUGUUUAACUGUACCCAGAGUAACAGAUCCCUCUCAUCAUCUUAAUGUCUGCGUUCUCAUUCUCGCGCUGCUUAAAAUAGAUGCAAUAGAAUAAAUCCAUUGCAAGGGCUUCUGGAUUAGGAGUAAGGAAAAAAGUCAAGGGAUCAAGCGCCUUCCUCUCUGGCUGGUUGUCAGCAAGGUGAUCCCCAGCAAAGCUCUGGGUCCCUUAUGCCCUGGAGCUGAAGCACCUCUUUCUUACUUGGCUCUCCAAAUAUCUAUUUUAAGCGUUUUCCAACUGUUAAGCUGGCUGCGUUUUCACCCAGCUGGUCUUUGUCUGCUUGUCGAAUAUUAUUUUGGUUGUGGUUUGAGGUCACUAAAAUAAGUAGAGCUACCAAAAAGGUCCCUGGCAUGGGCCUUUUCUUUUACUACCAAUGGCCCACUGCAGCAGUCAGAACUCUGGGUGGUUUUAGUGUCACUGGAGGGAAACCAGUGGUUCGGAGACAGGGAUGUGAAGAUGUAGAGGGUCCUUGAAUGUCCAAAGCGAAGGUGGAGAAUGGGUUGUCUGUAAGUAGUGAUGUUAAGCUAAACUGCAUAAAAAGGUGUGUGGCCUUUGUUGUGAUAUAAUAUGUAUUUUCUUAUAUGCAUGAGCCAAAUUGUUGCAUCAUGAUUUAUCAUAAGUGCGUCUGCCUUUACUUUCGGUCAUCUUCUCCCAUCCUUCUUGGUUCUUGGCAAUUACUGUAGAUAGACCUUGUAAAUAUUGCAACCUCGGGUUGCUGUAACCACCUUGGUUCAAUUCAGCAGAUGGAGCUGUGAACAACGAGCACUCCACUGUGUCCUGAAGCCCAAAGGGCAUUUUUACCUUUUAACAAAAAAAAAAAACCACACAAAAAAAAAAAAAAGAAAAAACAGGAAAAAGAAAAAAACCCAAACAGAAAGUAUGAAGAGUUACAUCUGGAGGCUACUAAACUGUAAGGCAUUUUUAAAACUACUGUACUUGACACCACUUGAGACAGAAACAGACACUGAAGAUGUCACGAUAUCCAUUGGUAUUGUAACAGAACUGCUAUUGUAUGGGGUUUUUGUAUUGCUGUUAAGUAUUGUUUUGUGUGUGUGUGUGUGUGUUGGAACCUACUGGGGACAUGUUAUAUUUUGAAGUGAUUAAACUAUUUAAUUGUGUGUCUAUAUUUUGGAAUGGAAUUAUUUCUUCAUUAAAAAAAGAUUUUUAAAAGUAA